AUGGCGGCCACGGCAACAUCAACAACACCCUUCCAGAUCCCCCAACAUGUCACCGCCCUCCUAUCGCAUCUGACCUCCCGCCCGGGCGUCCAAUCCACAUUCAUCCUCUCCCGCAAAGACGGCUCGAUUAUCCAGAGCACCGGGCUGAUCGCUUCGAAAUCGACGUCGAAUUCCCCUGUCGCAUCCGCGUCUGCGUCUUCCCAGGCCGCGCCCGGGGUGUCGCCGAGCGACGAACCCGGCCCGGAAGCGCAACCCCAAGAACAAGCACAGCCCCCUGCGUUGGGCUCUCCUACUUCGCCGUCCGCCGGCAGUGUCGAUCCCUCCUCGCCUUCGAUAGCACCUACGGCUACGGCUACUACGGCUACGGCUACUACGGCUACGGCUACCAGCCCGCCAACUCAAUCCUCUACGGCAACGGCGACGGCGACGACGCCCUACCAACCCUCCCACGCCGAAGCCCUCGCAGCACACGUCUUCGCCUUCGUGGCUAGCGCUGCAGAUCUGAGUCACUCGCUGUCGAGGCCCCCUGGGACGGAGAACCAGUCCGCGGGGUCGAGAAGUGUCGCUGAGUCGGGUCUCGGCGCGGGUGGUGUCCAGGAUGGAGGUCUAAAUGGGGUAUCCUCAUCCGGUGAACGGGAAGAUGGGGAGGGCGGUGAGGGAUCGGACAUGGAAGAUGACGAUGAGGUGAAGUUGUUGCGUAUGCGUACGAAGAAACAUGAGAUUGUGGUGGUGCCGGAUCGGAAGUAUCUGUUGUGUGUGGUGCAUGAUGUUGCGGGGGUGAGUGGUGGUGGUGGCAGUGGUGGGAUUGGGGGUGUUGGGGGAAGGGGACGGUGA